AUGAGUCAAUUACAACCAGCUUUGAAAUUUAGAGACUUUAUUCAAGUGCUCAAGGAUGAGGAUGAUCUAGUUGAAAUCACUGAAGAGGUCGAUUCAAAUCUAGAGGUAGGUGCUAUCAUGAGAAAAGCGUAUGAAUCUCACUUACCAGCUCCACUAUUUAGGAACGUUAAAGGCGCUUCGAAGGAUCUUUUUAGCAUUUUAGGUUGCCCAGCCGGCUUGAGAAGUAAAGAGAAAGGUGAUCAUGGCAGAAUUGCUCAUCAUCUCGGGCUCGACCCAAAGACACCGAUCAAAGAAAUCAUAGACUACUUGCUAGAAUGUAAAGACAAGGAACCAUUGCCUCCAAAGAUAGUUUCUGUGUCAUCUGCUCCUUGCAAGGAACACGUCCUCUCUGAAGGUGAAGUUCAUUUAGAUAGUCUUCCAGCACCAUACUUGCAUACUUCUGAUGGUGGCAAGUAUUUGCAAACGUAUGGAAUGUGGAUUCUUCAAACUCCAGAUAAGAAGUGGACUAAUUGGUCCAUUGCUAGAGGUAUGGUUGUCGACGACAAGCAUAUCACAGGUCUGGUAAUUAAACCACAACAUAUUAGACAAAUUGCUGAUGCUUGGGCAGCCAUCGGUAAAGGAGAUGAAAUUCCAUUUGCGCUAUGUUUUGGUGUUCCUCCAGCAGCUAUCUUAGUCAGUUCAAUGCCAAUUCCUGAAGGUGAAUCUGAAUCUGAUUAUAUCGGUGCAAUUUUGGGCGAGGCAGUGCCGGUAGUUAAGUGUGAAACCAACGACUUGUUGGUUCCUGCAACAAGCGAAAUGGUUUUUGAGGGUACAUUGUCCUUAAAGCAAACCCAUAUCGAAGGCCCAUUCGGCGAAAUGCAUGGAUACGUUUUUGAGGGACAGGCUCAUCCGUGUCCAAUGUAUACUGUCAAAGCCAUGACAUACAGAGACAACGCCAUUUUACCUGUAUCAAACCCAGGUAUCUGUACGGACGAAACUCAUACUUUGAUUGGUUCAUUAGUGGCUACCGAAGCCAAGAAGCUUGCUAUAGAUUCUGGCUUACCAGUUCUCGACGCUUUUACUCCAUACGAAGCUCAAGCUUUGUGGUUGGUUUUGAAGGUGGAUUUGAAGAAGCUGCAAGCACUAAAGACUACACCCGAGGAGUUCUGCAAGAAGGUUGGUGAAAUAUUUUUUAGAUCGAAAGUUGGAUUCAUCAUCCAUGAGAUAGUUCUAGUCGCAGAAGAUAUCGACAUAUUCAAUUUCAAGGAGGUUUUCUGGGCUUAUGUUACCAGACAUACCCCUGUUGCAGACCAGAUGACUUUCGAUGACGUCACCUCUUUCCCUUUGGCUCCCUUUGUUUCCCAGUCACCUAGAAGUAAGACUAUGAAAGGUGGGAAGUGUGUUACGAACUGCAUUUUUAGACAGCAAUAUGAGCGCGAUUUUGAAUACGUCACUUGUAAUUUUGAAAAGGGGUAUUCGAAGGAAUUAGUUGAUAAAGUUAACGAAAAUUGGAAGACGUAUGGCUACAAGUGA